ACUGCCUGCCGGAAGUUCCUCCGCUGGAAGAUUUCCCGCUCUGAGUUCGCUAUCCAGUCGCCUCGUCCGCCGGACCGGGCUCGUCCCGGGAAGAUGGAAGAGCCCGAGAUGCAGCUGAAGGUGAAGAAAGUGACAGACAAGUUCACAGAGAGUAUGUACAUCUUGGCCAAUGAGCCAUCUGUCGCGUUGUAUCGGCUCCAAGAGCAUGUCCGGAGAUCCCUCCCAGAACUAGCCCAGCAUAAGGCCAACAUGCAGAGCUGGGAGGAGCAGAGCCAAGGAGCUAUUUACACCGUAGAAUAUGCUUGCAGUGCCAUCAAGAACAUGAAGGACAGCAGUGUGUAUUUCAAAAGCAUCGAAGGGAUGCUCAGACAUGCCUCUGCCAUGAAAGAUCGGCUGAAUUCCACCCGCAGGUAGUGCAGUGUUUGGAAGCCCCACAGAUCAUGGCACCAGACUAGCGCCUGCCUUACCUAGAGGAACAACUGCUUGAAACUGCUUCCUUACCUAGAGGAACAACUGCUGUGGACAGACCUGCCCUGCACAGCCAGCAUGAAGAUCUAUGCUGGCCCCUAGGCGUUAUCCAUUUCCACACAUUGCUGUUAUUAUUAAUAUUAUUAAAAAUCCAAAGCAAA